AUGGACACAAACACCUCAAUGAUGCAAUUCCAACAAUUCCCAACAAGUUCGUAUUCUUCGAUUCUCUAUUCUCCUUCAAUUUCACCAAUGGACGAAGACGCAAACAUGAAUGAUGGACAACUGGUAACCCUUAAUUAUUUUCCGUGUCAAGUUUGUGGACAACCGGGGCAUGGAAACCAUUUCGGAGCAAUUAGUUGUCGAGCAUGUGCUGCAUUUUUUCGAAGAGCUGCGACAGGAGCCAAAACCAUUUACAAAUGCAAAAAAGAUAACGUUUGUGAAAUUUGGCAAAGCGGUCGAUUCCCGUGUAAAAAAUGUCGAUUGGACAAGUGCAAGGAAGUUGGCAUGGAUCCGGGAAGGUUUCAAUUCGAUAGAGAUCCCAUAUCAGCUACUGAACAGUUUGUGAACACUAAACAAACAAAGAGGAUGUUUCUCCAAUUGCCGGAGACCGUAGAGCAUUUCCUCAGCCGCCCACACUUUAUCAUUUUCAUCGAACCACCAAGCUAUACGGAUAAGAAUUUUAUCGAUUGUCAGCUUCUUCUGGAAAAAGCUUCGCAUGUUUUGGAGCUAGGAGCUGAAAAGCCACUUUUCGCGAAAAAUAAUUUACAAAAGCUGGCACUUGGGUUGAAUUUGGUGAGAGAUGUUCCAAGUGGAGGGCAGAAUAUUCAGAUUUUGACGAAAUUGGGAAAAGAUGAGAUGAUGACUUACUGGGAGACGGAUUUUCUAGCCGUGACCCGGUGGUUGACCUAUUUCGAUGAUUUUCAGCAACUGCCACACGCACAACAGGUUCUUCUAUUAAAAUCCAUUUGGCAUGUCUGGAGUCGUCUAGACAAACUGUCCUUGACAGCGACUGGUCGACGACAGAAGUUGUGUGAGCAACGAGAGUUAAUGCUCGGCUGGAAUUCGGUUUGUGAUCCGAAAACUGUCGAUUUAGACAUUUCAUGGUUUACCAAGUACUCGAAAGAGCAAUUGGCAUUCAAGACAUCUGGGAGAAACGUGCUAAACAAGAAGUCGCCAAAAUUUUUGACGUAUUCUGUAUAG